AUGCUGAGGCACAAGUUUGAUGCUGCUGUGAGAAUCACGCAGUUGAGAACUUUGAUCGAAAAGAAGACUCGUAAAAUGAUCAAGCAUGUGUACACUGACAAUAAUAUAGAGUUUUGCUCGAAGUUGUUAAACGAAUUCUCCAUGAAGGAAGGCAUAAUGAGACACUGCACUAGUGCUAGUGAACCACAACAGGUUGCAGAGUUGAUGAGCAAAGCAUUACUAGAGAUGGCUCAUAAAAUGCUCACUAGUGUUCCUGAAGUGAAGUUGCAACCAGAAACUUCUGAGAAAGUGGAUACUAGCGAAGUAAUCAACACAGAUGAUGCUUGUAGCGAGAUGGAUCCUAUAAAGUCAACAGUUGUUGUAACUGCUAAUAUUGACAAGUUGAAUCAAAGAAGAACCAAAUCAUCCAUGGACAAGGCCAACGAGAAAGAGAUUGUGGUGGCCAUUGUUGGCGCGGGCCCUUCAGGCCUCGCGACAGCGGCAUGCCUGAACCGCCUCGGCAUCGCCAACAUCGUGCUCGAGAGAGAGGAUUGCUCCGCCUCUCUUUGGAGAAAGAGGUCGUACGAUCGAUUGAAGCUCCACCUAUCCAAGCAAUUCUGCGAGCUCCCCCACAUGCCCUUCCCCUCCAAUUCCCCCAAGUUUGUCCCUAGGGACCAAUUCAUCGAAUACCUCGACAACUACAAGUCAGGUUUCGAGAUAAAACUGUACUGUCGACGGUCUGUCGAGAGCGCAUCGUAUGAUGAUCAAAUCGGCAAGUGGCGGAUCGUGGCGAGAAACACGGGCUCGGGCGAGGAUGAGGUCUACGUCGCGGAGUUCUUGGUGGUGGCAAGCGGGGAGAACAGCAAGGGCGUGAUACCGGAGGUUGACGGCUUAGACAGCUUUGGCAGGGCAGCGAUGCACUCGAGCGAGUACCGGAAUGGGAGAUCGAACAGGAGGGAAUUCAGAGGGAAAAAUGUGUUGGUGGUGGGUUGUGGUAACUCAGGAAUGGAGAUUGCCUAUGAUCUGUGGAGCUAUGGUGCCAACACUUCCAUUGUUGCUCGAAGUCCCGUACAUGUUGUUACCAAGGAAAUGGUGUUUCUUGGUAUGGUCUUGUUAAAAUUUCUCCCAUGCCGAAUAGUUGACACCUUCGUGAUACAACUCAGCAAUCUAAAAUAUGACGACUUCUUCAAGUACGGCCUUCGGAUGCCGGAAAAAGGUCCAUUCUAUCUAAAAGCAGUGACCGGACAAUCCCCCACCAUCGACGUCGGGGCAAGGAAGAGGAUCAAGAAGGGAGAAAUCAGGGUUUUCCCCUCCAUCAAAAGCAUUAACGGGAAGCUGGUCACAUUUGUAAAUGGCACUACCAGUCAAUUUGAGGCCAUAGUCUUUGCCACUGGCUACAAAAGCACUGUGCGGAAAUGGCUCCAGGGUGGAGAUGACCUCUUCAACAAAGACGGCAUGACCAAGGUCCUGCGCCAAUGGAAAGGAGAAAAUGGCUUGUACUGCACCGGUUUUGCUCAACGGGGUCUGCUCGGCAUCUCUGCCGACGCGCACAAUGUAGCAGACGAUAUCAGUUUCAAACUUCGAUGCGAUAGGAAGUGUUCGCAACGGAAAUAA